GUCCUGAUCUCGUGCCUCUGGAGGAAGUUAAAGCCCCGCGUGGCCCGGAGAGGAGCUCCCAGUUCCCGCGUGUGCUCCUGCACGUCUAGCGCCCACCAUGUGGCCCCUCGUCCUGGUCCUGCUGUGGGGCUGCCUCUUGUUCCCAGGUUGUGGAGCCCUGGUGGGCCCCAAGGAGAUCAGCGGAUUUGAAGGUGACACCGUGUCCCUGCAGUGCACCUACAGGGAGGAGCUGAGGAAGCACAAGAAAUACUGGUGCAAGGAGAGUGGGUUCUUUAUCUCCCGCUGCUCCAGCACCGUCUACGCGGGGGACGACGGCCAGGAGAGGACGGAGGGCAGGGUGUCCCUCCAAGACAACCCCCAGGAGCUCACACUCAAAGUGACCCUGAGGAAACUCACCCUGCAGGAUGCCGGGAAGUACUUCUGUGGGGUCUCAAAACUGGGCCGAGAUGAAUCUUUCCUGGUCUCUCUGCUGGUCUUUCCAGGUCCCUGCUGCCCUCCCUCCCCCACUCCCUCCUUCCAGCCUCUUGCUACCAGGAGCCUCCAGCCCCAGGCAAAAGCUUGGCAAACUUCGCUCCCAGAAUUGACUUCUCCUGGUCUCCACCAAACAGUCACCACAGCCACGUGGGGGAAGACAGGGGCCGAGGCCUCUCCAUUCCCAGGGACCACUCCGUCCGGGCCCACAGGAACCACCCCGUCCAGGCCCACAGGAACCACCCUGUACGCAGGAACCUCUCCAUAUGCAGGCACCUCUCCUCACGAAGCAACCUCUCCUCAUGCAGGGACCCUCCGCCCAUCCACACAGCCGGAGCCCACCUCGACGGAGGACACUCGUCCGGCCCCCAGCAGGACCUCCCUGUCCAGGGUCUCCAUCCCAAUGGUCCGCAUCUUGGCCCCCGUCCUGGUGCUGCUGUCCCUUCUUCUGGCUGCGGGCCUGGCUGCCCUCGGCAGCUAUCUUCUCCGCUGGAGGAAGGAAGCUCAACUGGCCACAGAGACACAGAGGAACGAGAAGGUCCACCUCUCACACUUGGUAAGGAAGGCAGCUGGCCCAAACUCGGAUCCCUGUGGGUCGCUGGACUACGCCGUGAUCAACCUUGCCGGGCCCCUUGGGCCUCGAGCCAGCCCAGAGCCCUCCGUCAACCCCUGCACAGAAAUCCGGGGCCUCAGCCAGACUUCAGAGGAGGAAGAAGUCUAUUUCCAGGACCAAGAGGGGGACAUGAUCCCAGGGCCUCCCCUCCACAUGUCUGGGGAGGAGCUCGGCUUCUCGAAGUUCAUCUCAGUGUAGCGGCAAAAAUGCUUAGGGGGGAUCUGAAUGGCUGGCUAUGCGCUAACCCGGAUAAGUUUCCUGCUACAGUUUUCAGAGUUCACCUGCCAGGCUCUGGGGCUGUCCCCUGACCCUUUCCAGGCUCUCCUCCUUCGUGCCCCAGCCCGACUGGAAGUUUUUGUCAGCCCUGGAGCCUGCAGUGGGGGGUCUCACAGUCCCAGCGGGAGCCUGGGACCUGCCCAGUAUGUUCACAUGCUGGCCUAAUCGUGCAGCCGAGGAACUUACAGCCCGUGGAGCUCGCCAGAGCCGGGCCCAGCUCCGGAGAUCUGGUCUGACUUUGUAUCUGUUGCAAGAAAUCCCCUGGGCCUGGGCGCCCAACAACAGCCACCCCCUCCAGACCUCACCAUCUUCUCUCUUCCUUCCUGACUCAGCACCACUGUCUCCUGCAUGAGUGAGAAAAAAAUCUUGCUGGGGACAGACGGGGUUCUGAUUUUCGAAAUGUGCCUAUAAACCACCUGCACCGCCGUCCUUCAGGAGGCUGGUUAAACAUGUGAUUCCCUGGGGGUGCCUGGGUGGCUCAGGCGGUUAAGCAUCUGACUCUUGAUUUCAGCUCAGGUCAUGAUCCCAGGGUGGUGGGGGCGUUGAGUGUGGAGCCUGCUUGGGAUUGUCUCUCUCUCUCUCUCUCUCUCUCUCUCUUUCUCUCUCUCUCUCUCUCCCUCUGCCCCCCCAAUAAAAUUUUUAAUUUAAUUUAAUUUAAUUUAAUUUAAAAAUAUGAUUCCGGGGACCUACUAUGGGCUGGGCUCACAACCCUGCCUUUCUAACAAGUGUCUGGUGACUCUAAUACUUGAGUUUGAGAACCAGUGGGCCUGUUAAAUUUUCGGGUUCAUCCAGCUUAGAGUCUAUAUUCGGUGUCUGGGGACUCCCACCUGCACCCCCGCACACACACACACACAAAGGCUGCUAUGUCCACAAGAGGUGAGUUCAGGGCUGGCAGGGACGGUUGCCUUUCCCAGAUCCCCACCCAGACAUGCAUCCCAGCUUUGGAAGUAGGAUGGAGAAAAGUUUGGCUCCUUCCUUGUCUGGAAAGGGUUAAUUGCCUAUGGAUUGGGG